UGAAAGGAAGAGGAGGCCCAGCUGCAUUCUGGGAGGAAAGGACGCCGGCCAAUCCAUCCUGGAGGUGGAGGAGCCGCCGCCGCGCUUGCCUUCUCUCCGCUGCUGGCCUCGCCUCCAUCGACGCCCAAUCCAUUGCCCUUCUCCUCUCCUAUCGUCCCACUCUCGCCGGCGGCCCCUCACUAACGCCUCCUCCUCGACCACGCUUGCUCUUCAGAUGUCUUUUGAUUCCACAAAGGUUUACUUCUGGUUCCUUUGGUGCGGAUGCCAUAAACGCUUCUGCUGCUCCAUAAUAUCUCGACAUUGGACUUGAUAUUUAGCAACCUUCACUGCAUUGCGCUUCCGUCCUUGCCGCUUCAACCAAGAAUUUUGUAUCUCAUUAUCUGUUCUACUACUAGAGAGAAACGCACUAUUCUCCCUAUGGCCAAGACAUCGCUUCCUCCUGGAUUCCGGUUUCAUCCAACUGAUGUUGAGCUCACUGUCUACUAUUUAAAGAGGAAGCUGUUGGGAAAAUACUUACGCUGCAAUGCUAUUACGGAGAUUGAUCUAUACAAGUUUGCCCCUUGGGAUCUUCCAGAGAAAGCUUCCUUGGAGAGUAAUGAUCUUGUGUGGUAUUUCUUUUGCCCACGUGAUAGGAAAUAUUCUAGUGGGUCAAGAACUAACCGGUCAACUGGAAUUGGAUAUUGGAAAGCUACUGGAAAGGACAGGCCAGUGGUGUAUAAUUCUAGGACUGUUGGGAUGAAGAGAACUUUGGUGUUUCAUCUUGGCAAGCCACCACGAGGUGACAGAACUGACUGGGUAAUGUAUGAAUAUAGGCUGGCGGACAAGGAACUAGCUGCUUCUGGUGUUAAACUGGAUGCUUGCGUUCUCUGCAAAAUCUUUCAGAAAAGUGGACCAGGCCCCAAGAUUGGGGCACAAUAUGGUGCUCCAUUCAACGAGGAGGACUGGAAUGAUGCCAAUGUGGAGAAUUCAUCAUUUUCCCAUGCUGUGGCCCCUUGUCCACCUGAAUCCAUUUGUGGUGGGUUGAACUCUGCUGGUCAGCACCUGGCUGUGAGUGAUAAUGGCGAGGUUUCUUUGGGCCCCUUGUCAGAAAGUAAUGACGAACAUGCUGUCAAUGGAGUUUGUCCUGGCAGAACUUCUUCUCCAGAUAUUCCUUUUGAUUGCAUACACAUACAGCUGCUAGCUGAGAUUAUCAGUUGUUCCUCAAUGAAUCUUCUAUGUACUGCUGGUGAAGAUGGUUCAUUGCCAGAUUCAACUGCUGACUAUGACAACGAAAUAUUGUUGGAUGGUAGUGAAACAAUAUUUAGUGAACUGGAUGAGCUUGCGUCCCAAUCAGUGGAGAGCAAUUCUAACCAUUGUGGGUCAUGUUGUGAACAUUUAAUUCACCCUACGCUGGAAGCAAUAGGAACCGAACAAUACAUAGAGCUGAAUGACCUGUCCUUUUCUCUAGCUGAUGAUCCUGGUUCCUGUAGCAUGCUGCUCUCCAAUGGUACAUUUGAGCCUAGGUUUGAGCAGGAGUCUCCAGACUACAUCCCCAAUACCACUAAUGCUUCCACAUCGACAACUGGCGGUUCAUCUCCUUGAGUGCCUACAAUUGAUGAUCAUGGGACCUGAUUCAGAGUAUAUUCACUGUCACUUAUUUGAGGUUUCAUGAUUGCUAAAUUAUUUGAUAUUCUGCUUUUCAUUACAAACCUGGAUAAACAAUUGGUUCAGCCGUUUUGAAGAUUGAGUCCUCUGGUACACAUAUUGAUGGAAUCUUCAAGGAUCUGCAAGACACGACAUAAUGCUCCUUUUUCCUUUUCAUUGAAGUGAGCACUAUGCUUUUGAUACCUCGGAAAUGAAUGCAGGCCCUUGGCCUGUACAAGUAGUCACUUUGCACAAUCAUCUUUGUGGUGCAGUUAUCAAAUGAAAAGUCUCAGUGACUGCCAUCAUCCUGCAGUUUUGUCAACUCAGGAACAUUCCUGAACAAGACAUUUUGCUGUUCCUAGUUUUGCAUGGUAGAACGUUUUUCGCCAUCAUGGGCUCAAUAUGAAUAAUGAACUGGCUAUGUUAACAGUUUUCCGAAAUGUAAUUUGGUGCUGGAGGUGCUGCAGCGGACAAUUCUGUCGACCCAUCUUUUCGUCAGAAGGGGUAUCUUACAGCUGUUGUGUACUGGGGAUCUCGGAAGAUUAGGAUCUAGCGUGUUCCAAUAUCUGGUUUCAUGGAUUUGGUAGAUGGUAUGCUAGUGUCUAAGCUAGAUGCUGUUUUCUUUGGUGCCUUGGUUCAUUUAGUUUUGAUGGAUGAAGAUUAUGCCAUUGUUAUGUUGAAUAACUUCUUUUUUAAUCUCUGAGAUAAGUGUGAUAUUAGGGUUCAA